AGGUCUGCUGUCAUAACAUGUGGCUGUCUCACUGCUGCUGUAUCCAAAUCCUGUACUUUUAUUUUAUCUGAAUACAUGAGUAUGCACAUCAUGUGUGUGUGUGUGUGUGUAUGUGUUUGUGUGUUUAACUAUCCUUGUGUGUAACAGAAGUCCUCACAAGGAUAGUAAAACAACAAACAUUCAGGCAAUUUUGCUGGUCGCCACAAGGGAAAAUUAUAUUUGAGGAUACAGACAGCUGAAGAGCUGUCGUGUAAUGGUAGUGAAAUAGUCAUCAUUGCUUGAAGCGCAUAGUAAAGAAAGCAUGGCUGCCAGUCGGGUACUCGUAUACGGAGGAAGAGGUGCACUGGGUAGCAAAAUUGUUCAGCACUUCAAAUCUAAAGGAUGGUGGGUAGCCAGCAUCGAUAUCGUUGCCAGUGAAGAGGCAAACGCGAACGUCCUGGUGAAGUUGUCGGAGUCAUUUACUGAGCAAGCAGGACAGGUGACAGCAGAUGUGGCCCAGUUGCUAGGGGACCAGAAAGUGGAUGCCAUCUUGUGUGUGGCAGGUGGAUGGGCUGGAGGAAAUUGCAGCUCCAAAGACCUGUACAAAAACACAGACAUGAUGUGGAAGCAGAGUGUGUGGACCUCUACCAUAUCUAGCCAUCUGGCUGCUGUGCACCUGAAGCAGGGUGGACUACUGACACUGGCUGGGGCUAAAGCAUCACUGGGUGGUACUAGUGGCAUGGUGGGCUAUGGCAUGGCCAAGUCAGCAGUCCACCAGCUCUGUCAGAGUUUAGCAGGAGAAGACAGUGGGAUGCCCCCUGGAGCUGUGGCAGUUGCCAUACUACCGGUAACCUUGGAUACUCCAAUGAACAGGAAGUUCAUGCCUGAUGCAGACUUUGGUUCCUGGACACCACUGGAGUACAUUGCAGAAACUUUCUUCAGUUGGGCCACCGGUGCGGAUCGUCCAGCAUCGGGAAGUCUGAUGCAGCUCACCACCACCGGAGGCAAGACACAGGCCCUACCCACACAAUAAGGCACAUUUCCUACCCACACAAUAAGGCACAUUUCCUACCCACACAAUAAGGCACAUUUCCUACCCACACAAUAAGGCACAUUUCCUACCCACACAAUAAGGCACAUUUCCUACCCACACAAUAAGACAUAGGCCCUACCCCACACAAUAAGACACAGGCCCUACCCACACAAUAAGACAUAGAACCUACCCACACUAUAAGACAUAGAACCUACCCACACUAUAAGACAUAGGCCCUACACCCCUAAUCAGACACAGGCCUAACAACACAAUAAGACACAGGCCCUACCCACAAAAUAGGAGACUGACCAGACUGACCAGGUGAAUAUAGGUAAAAGCUAUGAUCCCUUAUUGAUGCCACUUGUUAAAUCCACUUCAAUCAGUGUAGAUGAGGGGGAGGAGGGUGAAUGGGUUCAGAGGGUGAAUGGGCAAUAACAAGUAUUUAAGUGCUUUUGAAUGGGGUAUGGUAGUAGGUGCCAGGCGCACCGGUUUGUGUCAGGAACUGCAACACUUAACAGUUUCCCUUGUGUAUCAAAAAUGGUCCACCACCCAAAGGACAUCCAGCCAUGCAUCGACGAAUUGAGGCUAUUUUGUACAGUCAGUGUAUGUGACCUUAUAGAAAUGUAAGCAGGGUUUGAAAUUAUUAUGUUUUAGUCAAAUAUUAUCUGUUUGGACUUCUUGUGGUCGAUUUACCGUCGAUAAAUGGCUGAAUAUAGUUGAUUAUCCCUGGUAUAGAGAGGAGGGAGGGGAAGGUAGGAGAGUGGGGACGGUAAGACAAAUAUGCCCACAAUACCAUCUAGUGGUAGAAUGAAUCAGUUGCAGAGGAAACAUGAACCUCAAGUAGAUUUACUUAUUUUGAAUUAUUUUGAUCCAGUUUGAGAUUGAUGAAAAUGAGUAAGCCGCUGUCUUAAUGUCAAACGUACAAUACAUUUCAGUGGAGUUGCGAUACUCUGUGUCUUGUGCCGAGUGUACCCAAUAUGCGUGUGAAUGGUUGGUUGAAGAUGUACUGUCUAAGUACUAUUAUCAAUAUCUCAUAACAAUUUUUUUUUAAUUUUGUGCUGUUUGAUGUGGUUUUACCUCCUCUGUCUCAAUGUGAAUAAAAAUCCACAUUAAUCACAA